AAUACUGGAAAAAAAAACACGAAAUUUUUACAAGUCAUCGACUAGAAACGCAAAGUAAAUCAAGCAGCUUGGCAUAAGAAUACUUAUAUUUAACCAAGUUUAUUGUUAAAACAAGUUGAAUUAAAAUGGCCCAAACACUUGAGGACAAAUCAAUAUGGGAGGAUGGUGAGGAAUCGUUGGGCGAAGAGGUGCUGCGAAUGUCCACUGAUGAGAUUGUGAGCAGGACUCGAUUGAUGGACAACGAAAUUAAAAUAAUGAAGAGCGAGGUAAUGCGGAUCACACAUGAAAUUCAAGCGCAAAACGAGAAAAUUAAAGAUAAUACGGAAAAGAUAAAGGUUAAUAAAACUCUGCCAUAUCUGGUGUCCAAUGUCAUCGAGUUGCUGGAUGUGGAUCCGCAAGAAGAGGAGGAUGACGGCUCCGUUACCGUGCUAGAUAACCAACGCAAAGGCAAAUGUGCUGUUAUAAAAACUUCAACACGUCAGGCGUAUUUCUUGCCAGUCAUUGGCCUGGUUGAUGCAGAAAAACUCAAACCCGGCGAUUUAGUUGGCGUCAAUAAAGACUCUUAUCUGAUUCUUGAAACUUUGCCGGCGGAAUACGAUGCUCGUGUUAAGGCCAUGGAAGUUGAUGAGCGUCCCACAGAGCAGUAUUCCGAUAUUGGUGGCCUGGAUAAACAGAUCCAGGAGCUCAUCGAAGCCGUUGUACUGCCAAUGACGCACAAGGAAAAGUUCAAGAACCUUGGCAUCCAUCCACCAAAAGGUGUCCUAUUGUAUGGCCCCCCUGGAACUGGCAAGACUCUGCUUGCCCGUGCUUGCGCUGCCCAAACAAAGUCCACUUUCCUCAAGUUAGCUGGUCCUCAGCUUGUUCAAAUGUUUAUUGGUGAUGGCGCAAAGCUGGUGCGUGAUGCCUUUGCAUUGGCUAAGGAAAAAGCCCCUGCUAUUAUUUUUAUUGACGAGUUGGACGCUAUUGGUACAAAGCGUUUUGAUUCGGAGAAAGCCGGUGAUCGCGAGGUGCAGCGAACUAUGUUGGAGCUGCUAAAUCAAUUGGACGGUUUUAGCUCAACUGCUGAUAUUAAGGUCAUUGCUGCUACAAAUCGAGUCGAUAUUCUCGAUCCCGCCCUUUUGCGUUCUGGCCGCUUGGAUCGUAAGAUCGAAUUUCCACAUCCGAAUGAAGAAGCUCGUGCGCGCAUCAUGCAAAUUCACUCGCGUAAAAUGAAUGUUAGCAACGAUGUGAAUUUCGAGGAACUAUCUCGUUCCACAGACGACUUCAAUGGCGCACAGUGCAAGGCAGUCUGUGUAGAGGCGGGUAUGAUCGCUCUGCGUCGCUCAGCCACAUCGGUGACACACGAGGACUUUAUGGAUGCUAUCAUGGAGGUGCAGUCCAAGAAGAAAGCUAAUCUUAACUACUAUGCUUAGACUAAAUAUUCGCAAAAUAAAUUUACUUGUAAUCUUCAUACAUUAAAGAAUUAAUGAAGAAAAUAUAU